AUGGCAGCGAAAUCAUCUAAACUGGUAGACAAUGACCAGAUCGAAUCGGCCAGCCUCCACAAUCCCUUAUCCGUCUUCCUCAAGGCUUAUGUAUGGCCCUUUACCAUCUUGUGGCCUAUCUUCUUCGCUCUCUACCUCAAUGAGGACCUCUACGACGACUAUAUUGACGGCCAGGAAUGGACCUUCGUCUACGUCGCAACCAUCGUUACGCUCCAGUCCUUGACCUGGCUUUCGACCAAAUGGAGUGUCCACUUGCAAACCGCCUUCACCACUACCAAGGCGACGAAGGUCGAGGACGCCCAGCUCAUCAAGGUCAUUCCCGUCGCCAACUCCGGCGCGUCGGGCAUUUGCAAAUUGGAAAGAGAGCGGGAUGGGAGGACUUCCUUUCUGUUUCAGAAGAGGCGCUUCGUCUACUCGCCUGAGACAGGUGCAUUUGCGCCGUUGAAAUAUGCUCUGGAUAGCGACCAGAAACCGUUGCUUCGGGAGUUCCAACUGUCCAAAGGGCUGACCUCCGACGCGGAGAUUGAACAAGUCCAGAAGCAUUAUGGUGACAAUACUUUCGACAUACCCGUGCCUACAUUUGUGGAGCUGUGGAAGGAACAUGCUGUCGCGCCCUUCUUCAUCUUCCAGGUCUUCUGUGUUGGUUUGUGGUUGCUGGACGACUAUUGGUACUAUUCCCUGUUCACGCUUUUCAUGCUUGUCGCCUUUGAAAGCACAGUCGUGUGGCAGAGGCAGCGUACCUUGAACGAGUUUCGAGGUAUGAGCAUCAAACCAUACGACAUUUGGGUAUAUCGCGCCAGAAAAUGGGUCGAGAUCAAGAGCGAUAAGCUGUUACCUGGCGACCUGGUGUCAGUCGGACGAACCCAAGAGGACUCUGGCGUUGCCUGCGACAUGCUUUUGAUCGAAGGAACUGCCAUUGUCAACGAAGCCAUGCUUUCCGGGGAGAGCACUCCGCUCUUGAAAGAAUCCAUCUUGCUCCGCCCAGGAGAUGCGACCAUCGAGCCGGAGGGUUUGGACAAAAAUGCCUUCUUGUGGGGCGGUACCAAAGUUCUCCAGAUCACACAUCCAGCCGCCAGCGAAGAUGUGCCGGAUACUGUGCCACAGGUGCAGUCUGGUGUUCCUACACCCCCUGACAAAGGCGCCAUGGCUGUUGUCCUCAAGACCGGCUUCGAGACCAGCCAGGGAAGCCUUGUGCGCACUAUGAUCUAUUCGACCGAACGCGUCUCGGCCAACAACGCCGAAGCAUUGAUCUUCAUUCUAUUCCUGCUCAUCUUUGCGCUCGCGGCUUCGUGGUACGUUUGGCAGGAGGGUGUCCGGAAUAACAGAAAGCGGUCGAAACUCCUGCUGGACUGUAUCUUAAUCGUCACCAGUGUCGUACCACCAGAAUUGCCUAUGGAAUUGUCCCUGGCAGUCAAUACCAGCCUGGCAGCGCUCAGCAAAUUCGCCAUUUUCUGUACGGAACCGUUCCGCAUACCCUUCGCUGGUCGUGUGGACGUCGCAUGUUUCGACAAGACAGGAACACUGACAGGAGAAGAUCUCGUCGUCGAUGGUAUUGCCGGUCUCAGCCUCGGGAAGAAAGGCGCUGCCGCUGAGGCAGAUGGUGCUCAAUCUGAAGUUACUAAAGUUCCGGAGUGCGGAGUCUACACCACGCUUGUUCUGGCCACCGCUCAUGCUCUAGUCAAACUUGAAGAGGGCGACAUUGUUGGAGACCCGAUGGAGAAGGCCACCUUGAAUGCUCUAAACUGGACCCUUGGCCACAACGAUACUCUCACCAGCAAUCCGCCGCCCAAAUCCAAGAAAGCCAAGCCGACCAGCACAGCAGGAGCCUCGCACAUCGUCCAAGUCAAAAGACGCUUCCAAUUCUCGUCCGCGCUGAAACGGAUGAGCUCCGUGGCUACGGUCCUCAUGACCGACCCGAACAGUGGUCGCAGAGCAAAAGGUACAUUCGUUGGUGUGAAAGGUGCGCCCGAGACCAUCCAGAAGAUGUUAGUUGCAACCCCGCCGAAAUACGAGGAAACUUUCAAGUACUUCACUCGCAAUGGUGCUCGAGUGUUGGCCCUUGGCUACAAAUACCUCUCAGCCGAAGCAGAGCUUGGUCAGAAGCGCAUCAACGAUCUAAAGCGCGAGGAAGUCGAGUGUGACUUGCAGUUCGCUGGCUUCUUAGUUCUUCAAACCCCUCUUAAAGAGGACGCGAUCAGAGCCAUUCAGAUGCUGAAUGAAAGCAGCCAUCGUGUUGUCAUGAUCACCGGCGACAAUCCCCUUACCGCAGUCCAUGUGGCGAGACAGGUCGAAAUUGUCGACCGGGAUUGUUUGAUCCUAGAUGCUCCCGAGCACGAUGACUCCGGCACAAAACUCGUGUGGCGCAGUGUAGACGAGAAGACCGUCAUUCCAGUUGAUCCAACGGCAGAUCUAGACCCUGAGACACUCGCAACGAAAGACCUGUGCGUUACUGGGUAUGCCCUGGCCAAGUUUACUGGCGAGAAAGCACUCCCCUCGCUACUCAGGCACACCUGGGUCUAUGCGCGGGUCUCGCCGAAGCAAAAGGAAGAAAUCCUGAUCGGCUUGAAGGACCAAGGGUACACCACUCUCAUGUGUGGCGAUGGCACGAACGACGUUGGUGCGCUGAAGCAAGCUCACAUCGGCGUUGCGCUGCUCAACGGCUCCCAAGAAGCUCUGAACAAAAUCGGAGAGCAUUUCAGGACGAACAAGAUGAAGGAGAUCUACGAGAAGCAAGUUCAGUUGAUGGCGAGGUUCAAUCAGCCAGCUCCCCCGGUCCCUCCUGGCAUUGCACACCUGUACCCACCCGGCCCCCGCAAUCCUCACCACGAGAAAGCCGUCAAAGCGAUCGCUGAGAGAAAAGGCAUCACCCUGGAAAACGGCGAUGCCGGGAACGGUACAAUUGAAACCAUCACGUCACCUGGCGCUCAAGCGAUACAACAGUCCACAGCGAACCUGUCGCCCCAGCAACGACGGCAGCAGGAAGUCCAGCAGAAAGCUGCAAGCUGGGCCGACAAAUUCACUUCUAGCAUGAUGGAAAACGAGCUUGAUGACGGUGAGCCACCUACGAUCAAACUGGGUGAUGCUUCCGUCGCGGCUCCAUUUACCAGCAAGCUAGCGAACGUGGUGGCCAUUCCCAACAUCAUCCGCCAGGGCCGUUGCACCCUCGUCGCCACUAUCCAGAUGUACAAGAUCCUGGCUCUCAACUGCUUGAUCAGUGCAUACAGCUUGUCGGUAAUCUAUCUUGCCGGCAUCAAAUUCGGCGACGGUCAAGUCACAAUCAGUGGCAUGCUGAUGUCGGUGUGCUUCCUCUCGAUUUCGCGAGCCAAACCUGUGGAGGCAUUGUCACGAGAGCGACCACAGCCAAACAUCCUGAACAUGUACAUCCUCGGGUCGGUCCUCGGACAGUUCGCCAUCCACUGCGCGACUCUCAUCUACCUUUCCAGGGUGGUGUACUCCAUUGUCCCGCCGGCCGAAGAAGUCGAUCUCGAGGGUGAAUUCGAGCCGUCCUUGCUCAACAGCGCCGUCUACCUCAUGCAGCUCAUUCAGCAGGUCUCCACUUUUGCCAUCAACUACCAGGGGCGGCCCUUCCGUGAAAGCAUCCGAGAGAACCGAGGCAUGUACUGGGGUCUCCUUGCCUGCUCGUUUGUGGCCUUCGCCGGAAGCACCGAAUUCCUGCCCGAGUUGAGUGAAAGACUUCGUCUCGUGCCGUUCACACAAGAGUUCAAAUGGACGCUCACGGCUCUCAUGGUCGUGGACUUUGCCGGAUGCUGGGUUGUGGAGCAAAUCUUCAAGACCUUGUUCAGCGAUUUCCGGCCCAAGGAUAUUGCGAUCAAGCGGCCUGAUCAAAUUGAGAGAGAUGACAGACGGAAGAAAGAAUUAGCGGAGAAAGCUGAGCAGGAGAGGAUCGCAGAGAUCGAGAGGAAGAGAGGGGUAGCUGACAGUACUGUUGCAGCGACGUUGAAGAGGUGA